UUUUGGAGCGUUCAAAAUACAAGAUCAAACUUGUUUUAGAUACGUAACUUAAUAUUGAAAACCCUUUACGAUAACGAUUUUGAAACAUUGUAUUUGUAUGCUAAGGUGUGUAACUUGUAAAAUUUUGCCUACCUUUAAAGUUACCGCUUCUAGCAUGCAAAUUUAGACAAAGAAAAAGCUAAGUAUUGUCUUGGCCGUUUCAACAAAUUAACUUUUAAUUUAUUUUAAGUUAUUAAAACUAACUAACUUUGUUAAGUACAACUACAAUUUACAAAGUAACAAAGACCUAUGUUAAUUUUAUUAAUUAUUUGAAGUUUAAAUAUACAAAACGUCAAAAGUAAAAUAUUCAGCAAAGAAUGACGGACAGAAUCAUUGUUCUGGUGGAUAUGGACUGUUUCUACGUUCAGGUAGAACAGAGACUUAAUCCCGCAUAUCAAGGGAAACCGUGUGCUGUUGCUCAGUAUAAUACAUGGCAGGGUGGAGCUCUGAUUGCUGUGAAUUAUGAAGCUCGAGCAUUUGGUGUCACCCGAAAUAUGCGUGGAGAUGCUGCCAAGUCCCUAUGCCCUGAUCUUCAUCUCUUUCGUGUGCCUGAGGUUCGUGGUAAAGCAGAUCUAAAUAGGUAUAGAAAUGCUGGAGCAGAAGUUCUGGCAGUAUUGUGUAACUUCAGUGACUGUGUGGAGAGAGCUAGUAUCGAUGAAGCAUACCUAGACUUGACUGGUACUGUGGAACAAAGACUUGAAAAGGAUGAAUUUAAUGUGACAGCUUCAAUGUUACCAAAAACUUUCGUUGUUGGCUGGGAGAGUAAUGAUUGUGACUCAGAUACAGUGAUGUGUAAGAAUUUAGACCCAAGAGAAACAGGCCUCAGUUCCUGGUUAGACCACAUUCGUGGGGCAACAGGGAAAAGUUCACCAGAACAACGACUGGCGAUAGCAGCUGUUAUUGUAGAGGAAAUGAGAGCUGCAGUUCUAUCACAGACAAGUUUUCACUGUUCUGCUGGCAUCGCUCAUAACAAGAUGUUGGCCAAAUUAGCAUGUGGACUCCACAAACCACAGCAACAGACUAUACUUCCUCAGGUUUCAGUUUCACUUCUCUACAGAGAACUUCCAAUUCACAAGAUACGAAACCUUGGAGGAAAACUUGGGGAAGAAGUAGAAGGAAAAUUAGGAAUACAAACAAUGGGAGAACUUUCAAAUAUUUCUGUCAGACAACUUGAGCGUACUUUUGGUGAGAAAACUGGUUCGUGGCUCUUUGAAGUUGCUCGUGGCUUGGAUAAUGAGCCUGUCACAGCAAGACAACUUCCCAAAUCAAUUGGUUGUGGGAAAAACUUUACAGGGAAGUCAUCAUUGAAAACUAAGGAAGAGGUGCAGUACUGGCUGCAACAGCUGAUGGCAGAACUGGAUGAACGAUUGCAGAGAGAUCGGAGUGAUAAUAAAAGAAUGGCCAGACUCCUAACUGUCAGUGUUCGUUGCUAUGGUGACCAUGGUCCAGGCCUAACAUCUCGAUCCUGCCCAAUUCAUAUUUAUGAUACCAAAAAAUUGGCUCAUGAUGCUCUGAAUCUUCUUCAGAAGAUUAACACAACUCCAUCAUCUAGUAAAGAAUGGUCUCCAGCUCUGUUGAAUAUUACUUUGUCAGCAGGAAGAUUUCAGGAUGACAUUGAAAAUGGGAUGCAGAAUAUUGCGAAUUUCUUUUCUACUAAAUCUCAAACCUUCUCCUUCUAAACAUCUGGAAGUAGUAAUGAAAAUAACCUCAGUGUAGCAGACGCCCAGGGAAUUCGGCAUGAAGGGAACUCCCAAGUUCAUGUAGCUGUUAACAGAAAACCUACUGUAUCUUCAUCUGGUUCCCCUAAUGUAAUUAAAUCAUUCUUUAUGUGCCAGUCUGGCAAAUCUGACUUUGCUGACCAGUACUCUGCAUUAAAUUCGACAGUGAACUUUAGCCUUAAAGAUGUUGAAAAAGAUCAGAGAGGAAAGGUUUCAUUAAAAAAUUCACCCAAGAGAAUUUCUCAGGAGCUUUUUCAGCAAGAAAAGUCACUUGAUGAUCCUGUUUCUGACAAACUUUCAUUAUCUUUAAACAAAGAUAAAAACAAAUGUAACAUCACCCGAAAUGAGAAACAGGAAGUUAAAAAGGGAUUUUUUGAAAGAAAGCUAGAAGAAAUAUCAGCAAAAAAAGAAACAAAAUCAGUUAAUGAAACAUGCUGCCCAUCAGUGAAUGCUACUUCACAAAGGUCAAAACCAAACCCCCUCCAAUUAUAUAAUGCAACUUAUCCUGACUUAUCAGAGGACAAAACUUCUAUCAGUCAUAGUCAUUCUACACCACUGAGUCCUUCUUCAAUUGACCUAUCAGUCUUACCCUUCUUACCAGAUAGUAUUAGAAAAGAAGUGGAACAGUACUUGCCUAAAGAAGCACAGAAGUACCCUGCACAAUCUUUAGCUAAUGGUAAAGUGACUCGCCUAAACAAAUAUUUUGAAAAACAUGAAACUGUGAGCAUCAGUGAAGAAGAAUUAAGUAAGGAGGUAUCUGAAUCAUCAGACCAAAGACAAAAAAAAAUUAACAUGUUAAAAACCACAGAAUUGAAAGAUAAAGCCUCAAUAGAUUAUGAAAUUAGAAAGCCAGAAACUAAUAUUUCAAAAAAUAAUGUUCACGAAAAACUGAAACAGUGGCAUUCUAAAGAUGAUGUAACAAUAAAAUCAGAGAGUAUCUCCAAGGUUGAGAUGUUUACCGAAACAAAGUGUACUAAUUUAUCAGAUACAUACAGUAACAAAGUAGAAUCAUCAACUUUAAAACAACUAUCAUCAGCAUCACCUGUAGAGCCUUUUGAUAAAAUCAUAGACAGUAAACAAGUAGAAGAUAUUAAAGAUGUGAUGGAACAACCAUUGGCUUUAGUUGAAAGCUCUGCAUCACUUGCUGAAGAUCUCUGUGAAAAAUGUAGUAAAUGUGGAAAAAACAUUCCUAUCUGGAAAAGCCAGGAGCAUCAAGAUUUCCAUGUAGCCGAAGAUCUGCAAUCAAAAUUUACCUGUGAGGUUGCUGGAAAUGUUAUAUUUGGUAGACCAAAUGUGUCUUCUAAAUCAGAAAUGCUUUCCAAGACCCUAGCUGAAGGAAAGAAAAAACGUAGGAAAAAAGAAAUAAAAACAGUCCCACACAAGAAACCUCAAAACAUGAAAACUAUGGAACAUUAUUUUAUGUAAGACUUUUUUAGCUUGAAUCCAGAAGGGGGAGAAUUAAAAGUGCUAGAUGUUGUUUCAGUAAUGUGGAAAUUUUUUCCCAGAGGUAUUUAAAGAAAAUCAUAUUCUUUGUUUACGAAGCAAAAAAAACUAUAUAUAAAUUAUAUAAAAGUAUAUGUUAAUUAUUUAUUUCAAUUUACUGAUCCAUGAUUAGUAAAUGUAGAAAUCUUGUAUGAGGGUUCUGUAAAGAACUUUCUAAUAGUGCUUAAAGUUUACAUAUAAGAUUUGAUCUACUUUCAUCCAAUUAAUGUUUCUUAUCUGUAGCAUGUUCACUCAGUGAUGCAUGAAAUACUGUAAGAAUUGUUUCUACUGUAUUAUAAUUUGUUUUUAAUUUAUCUCUAGAUAUGCAUGUGAGUGAUGUUUAAUAAUUGUUUGUAUUACAGAAAGGUAGGGAGGUUUUAACCAUUAUUAGAAAUUUUGUGAGUUUAAUUAUUAUUUUUUUUCUAAUUUUUGUUGUCUCAUUUUUCUUGUAAGAAAAAUGCAUGCUGCUGUUUAUCAAAAGCUAGGAACGUUCAGAAUUACUAUCUUUUCAAGUGGUUUUAAUUGUGUCUGAAAUUUCAUGUCUUGCUAUGUGGCUUGUUUGAUAACUGAAAGCACAUUACUGAAAAAUAAGCUAUGUCAUGCAUGCAUGCAGGGGGGGUUGGCCAAACCUUCACAUUUUGGUGUUGUAAAAAAAUUAUCGCUAUAUAGUUAUAGCACAGCUGUUUAUGAUAUUCAAUUUUUUUUUUUUACAUAGUCUACAUUCUUCUGAUGAAGAAUUAGGUUUUUUUGGCUUGAAAUAGUCACAUGCCUCCAGACCCCUGUAGCAUUAGCAAUUAGCUGUAGCACAAUAUGUGUUGGUUUUUGAUUUCACAAAUUAGAAUCCCCUUUUCAAACAUUCUGCAUACAGGCAUGUAUGUUAUUAUUAUUAUAGGGGUGACUGACAUUUCAGAACCUCUAGUAUUUCAAGGAUAGUACGGUCAGAUUAAUGAAAGUUUUUAAUCAUGCUUUAAAAUUUAUAGAAAUUAUUUUAUACUUUUGAGUUGUUUCAAUUAAUCACAGAUUUAAUUAUGAAGUAAAAACUGAAUAUUAAAACUGUUAACAGCAAAAUGUGGGAGUGUCACUAUGUAAUACAUAUCUCCAAAUCACAGUUGGCCGAUUGUGCAGUUGUGAAAAAAACUUUUUUGACAUGUACUGGUCGUCGGAGCUUUAUUCUUCUACUUUAACACCAAAGUGACAACAUAUGCACUUGUCAGAGUUGUUUAUAUUCCUAAUGCAAAUUAUGCUGAAGUUUGUUUCUAAGAGUGCUUUGAAAUUUUCUCCAGUAACUUAAUGUCUUAUCAUACAAAAGAAUGGAAAGAUAUCAGCACAUUAGACUAAAUACUUCAUAAGUCUAGCUGGUUUAUUUGGCACAAGCUUGAAAAUAUAUAUUCACAAUUUUUCACUAUUAAACAUAUUUGAGAAAAGUUAAGAAAAAUUGGAGUCACAUAAUUAUUAUUAUUUUCUUUUCAGACGUUAUAAUUUGAAUGAAAAACAUUUAAGUGGUUGCCAUUUUUCUUAACUUCUCACAAAUGUUUUUAGAAGUGGUGUUUCAAAAAAUUUGUGGAAAGAGAAAUAUAUUAUUUUUCUGUAUUUGUGCUAUCAGUGUUUGACAUAUUCCCAAAAAACUGGGAACUAUUUUAGAUCAGAAGAGAUUAUGUUGCAUAAACAUAAGAUACUUCAUAUUUUGUAAACUUUUAUAACAGCCACAAUUUUGUGUUUGGUAAAUAUGAGUUUUGCAGAUUAUGAGUGUCGGAAUGGAUAAUUAACAAUAACAAAGACAAUUAUCUCAUAAUACUCAAUAUUUCAUGCUUAGUUCACAUUAUGCUUGUAAUAAGAACAUCAGUGGUGCCAUGGAUUGUGUUAACCAAAUUAAUAUGGUUUGGAAUAUUCACUGUGUGUUGUGAUAAAAUAGAUUUUUCAAAAAAAUAUACAGUGUUAGCCAUUUGGGUAAUCUGUUACAAUAAUGUAUUAGAAUAUUUGUAAAUGAGCCAGUUUGCCGGUGCAACAAAAUUUUUUCUUCUAUAUUUUGACAUUAAUGAGUGUUUACACUUUUACAGCUCAGGAUUUUCAUCCUUUUUUUACCUUAGGCUUUAAAUUACUUUUUCUUCAAAGUUAUCUUUCCCCAUCAAGUUUUUAAAGGUAUCUUUCACAUUUUUUUAAAUUUCAUAGGAAAUCAAUAAGCAGUAACUGUAUUAGAUCGUACCAUAGAUAAAGCUAUUGUACUGAGGUAUGCAAUGCCCUGUACAUGACUUGUCAUGGUAUUUCCAAGGUCAUUUUUUUUAUAUAUUUUAUAGAACAGGUCUACUUUAUUUUUUUAUGAUUUUGAGCAUGUGCCAACUUAAAUGGGAUUUUUUCAUCGACUAAAAAUUUAUUAGAAGGUUCACAAAUGUGAACAAGAUACACCAUUCAGCUUGAAUUUUGAAUACCAAUGGACUUGUAAUUUCUCAAAACAUUUGGCUUUGUAAAUUGUUAAUAUUAAAAAAGAUUGUGUUUCAUUAAUAUAUGAUACUCUCAAGCUUAUUUUACAUAAAAGUGUAAAUUAUACACUUUAUAUGUAUUCUUCCUUAAACCAGUUUAUAGUGUGUGUGUGUGUGUAUAUGUGUGUGUGUCUGUAUUCUCAAUCUUAAA